GCGCGGUGCAUUGUGGGCCGGGGAAGAUGGCCGCCUCCGUGCUGUGGUGGUGAGGGGACUCGGGCUCUCCGGCGCUGCGGGACGAGUCUCCCGUUCUCCUCCCGCCUGCCGCCCGCUCCGCAGCUCGCCGAGCCGCUCUCGGCCCGCCCGUGUGCGAGGGAGCUGGGAGCCGCCAUGGGCCCGGCGCGGCUCCCGCCGCAGCGAGUGCAGGGCCCGCGGGGCUGAGGCGCGAGUGAGGCCCGGGGCCCGGGCCCGGCGGCAGCUCGGCCCGCGGCGGGGCCGGGAGGCGCCGCCUUCCUCGCAGCCCGGCCGGGCUGCUGCCUGCGGGCGGCGGCGGAGGAGGAGAGGAGCCAGCUGGAAGGGGCUGCGCGCCCCGGGCUCGCCUUGAUCCGCGCCCCUGGGAGCGGAGCCGCCGCUGCCCUUGCCCCGUCCUCCCCCAGCCCGCGGCCGCCGCCCGGAGGGACCCUCGGCCCCCGCUGCCUGCGGGGCUGGAGAUCGCUGCUCACUUGUUGCCUGGCACUGCCCCUCCGAUGGAGUCUGAGAUGCUGCAGUCGCCUCUUCUGGGGCUUGGAGAGGAGGAUGAGUCUGACCUGACGGACUGGAAUCUGCCUCUGGCCUUCAUGAAGAAGAGGCACUGCGAGAAGAUCGAGGGCUCCAAGUCUUUGGCUCAGAGUUGGAGGAUGAAGGACCGGAUGAAGACUGUGAGCGUUGCCUUAGUUUUGUGCCUCAAUGUCGGUGUGGACCCUCCUGAUGUGGUGAAGACAACUCCCUGUGCCCGGCUGGAGUGCUGGAUCGAUCCGCUGUCCAUGGGCCCUCAGAAAGCUCUGGAGACCAUCGGUGCCAACCUGCAGAAGCAGUACGAGAACUGGCAGCCGCGGGCCAGGUACAAGCAGAGCCUCGACCCUACGGUGGACGAGGUUAAGAAGCUGUGCACGUCCCUGCGCCGCAACGCCAAGGAAGAGCGGGUCCUGUUCCACUACAACGGGCACGGCGUCCCCAGGCCCACGGUGAACGGCGAGAUCUGGGUCUUCAACAAGAACUACACUCAGUAUAUUCCUCUGUCCAUCUACGACCUGCAGACCUGGAUGGGCAGCCCGUCCAUCUUCGUGUACGACUGCUCCAACGCCGGCCUGAUCGUCAAGUCGUUCAAGCAGUUUGCGCUGCAGCGGGAGCAGGAGCUGGAGGUGGCCGCGAUCAACCCGAACCACCCGCUGGCGCAGAUGCCGCUGCCGCCCUCCAUGAAGAACUGCAUCCAGCUGGCGGCCUGCGAGGCCAGCGAGCUGCUGCCCAUGAUCCCCGACCUGCCCGCCGACCUCUUCACCUCCUGCCUCACCACGCCCAUCAAGAUCGCGCUGCGCUGGUUCUGUAUGCAGAAGAGUGUCAGACUGGUGCCAGGAGUCACGCUGGAUUUAAUAGAGAAGAUUCCCGGGCGCCUGAAUGACAGGAGGACUCCCCUGGGCGAGCUGAACUGGAUCUUCACGGCCAUCACAGACACCAUCGCCUGGAACGUGCUGCCCAGAGACCUUUUCCAGAAGCUGUUCAGGCAGGACCUGCUGGUGGCCAGUUUGUUCCGCAACUUCCUCCUGGCCGAGAGGAUCAUGAGGUCGUACAACUGCACCCCGGUCAGCAGCCCCCGCCUGCCGCCCACCUACAUGCACGCCAUGUGGCAAGCGUGGGACCUGGCAGUGGAUAUUUGCCUUUCCCAGUUACCUACAAUUAUCGAGGAAGGAACUGCCUUUAGGCACAGCCCGUUCUUCGCGGAGCAGCUGACGGCGUUCCAGGUCUGGCUGACCAUGGGCGUGGAGAACCGCAACCCCCCGGAGCAGCUGCCCAUCGUCCUGCAGGUGCUGCUGAGCCAGGUCCAUCGGCUGCGAGCUCUGGAUCUGCUGGGGAGGUUUCUGGACCUGGGGCCCUGGGCGGUGAGCUUGGCGCUCUCCGUCGGCAUCUUCCCCUACGUGCUGAAGCUGCUUCAGAGUUCAGCUCGCGAGCUGAGGCCGCUCCUUGUCUUCAUCUGGGCCAAAAUUCUGGCGGUGGACAGCUCAUGCCAGGCUGAUCUUGUGAAGGACAAUGGUCACAAGUAUUUCCUCUCCGUUUUGGCAGAUCCCUAUAUGCCGGCUGAACACAGGACAAUGACGGCUUUCAUCCUGGCUGUAAUUGUUAACAACUACAACACUGGGCAGGAAGCCUGCCUUCAAGGAAACCUGAUUGCCAUUUGCCUGGAGCAGUUGAACGAUCCGCACCCUCUCCUGCGUCAGUGGGUGGCCAUUUGCUUGGGGCGGAUUUGGCAGAACUUUGACUCAGCCAGGUGGUGCGGGGUGAGGGACAGCGCUCACGAGAAGCUCUACAGCCUCCUCUCGGAUCCCAUCCCAGAGGUUCGCUGUGCUGCGGUCUUUGCUCUGGGAACGUUUGUGGGCAACUCAGCUGAGCGGACCGACCACUCCACCACCAUCGACCACAACGUGGCCAUGAUGCUGGCGCAGCUCAUCAACGACGGGAGCCCCAUGGUCCGGAAGGAGCUGGUGGUGGCUCUGAGUCACCUGGUGGUUCAGUACGAGAGCAAUUUCUGCACCGUCGCCUUGCAGUUCAUGGAAGAAGAGAAGAAUUACCCGCUCCCUUCCCCAGCUGCCACAGAGGGUGGCAGUUUGACACCGGUGCGAGAUGGUCCGUGCACACCGCGGCUGCGCUCCGUCAGCUCCUACGGGAACAUCCGCGCGGUCACCACAGCCAGGAACCUCAACAAGUCCCUGCAGAACCUCAGCCUGAACGAGGAAUCUGGCAGCUCCGUGGCGUUUUCUCCGGGGAAUCUCAGCACGAGCAGCAGCGCCAGCAGCACCCUGGGCAGCCCCGAGAACGAGGAGUACAUCCUGUCCUUCGAGACCAUCGACAAGAUGAGGCGAGUCAGCUCGUACUCUUCUCUGAACUCACUGAUAGGUGUGAGUUUCAACAGUGUUUAUACCCAAAUUUGGAGGGUGCUCCUACACCUCGCUGCCGACCCCUACCCGGAUGUCUCGGACCUGGCUAUGAAAGUUCUCAACAGUAUUGCCUACAAGAUAAUGCAAGUGGGACUGGCCUGCAGACUGAAGCCACAACGGCUCUCCAACCCAGGUGAACUAGUACAUGCCACGGUGAACGCUCGUCCCCAGCGCAUCCUCGACACGUCCUCGCUGACCCAGUCGGCCCCCGCCAGCCCCACCAACAAGGGCAUGCACAUCCACCAAGUCGGAGGGUCCCCUCCAACCACCAGUACAAGCAGCUCCAGCCUGACAAACGACGUGACCAAGCAGCCGGUCAGCCGGGACAUGGCGUCGGUGCGGCCGGCCAACGCGGGCGGCGUGGGCGUCCAGUACACCCCCCACUCCCACCAGUUCCCCAGGACCAGGAAGAUGUUUGACAAAGGGCCAGAACAGACCGCGGACGACGCCGAUGAUGCCGUUGGACACAAGAGUUUCAUUUCGGCCACAGUGCAGACGGGGUUCUGUGAAUGGAGUGCCAAGUAUUUUGCUCAGCCGGUCAUGAAGAUCCCAGAGGAGCACGACCUGGAGAGCCAGAUCCGCAAGGAGAGGGAGUGGCGGUUCCUGCGCAACGCCCGCGUCAGGAAGCAAGCGCAGAAGAUCAUCCAGAAGGGUAUUUCCCGGCUGGAUGAUCAGAUCUUCCUCAACAGGAACCCGGGCGUCCCCUCCGUGGUGAAGUUCCACCCGUUCACGCCCUGCAUCGCUGUGGCCGACAAGGACAGCAUCUGUUUUUGGGACUGGGAGAAAGGGGAAAAGCUGGACUAUUUCCACAACGGGAACCCUCGGUACACCAGGAUCACGGCGAUGGAGUACCUGAACGGGCAGGACUGCUCCUUGCUGCUCACCGCCACAGACGAUGGUGCCAUCAGAGUGUGGAAGAACUUUGCAGACCUGGAGAAGAACCCGGAGAUGGUGACGGCCUGGCAGGGGCUGUCGGACAUGCUGCCGACUACGCGAGGUCUGGCCCGAAGGGUUUCAAUCUAUCUUGACAGAAGUAAGCAGGGAGGAGCAGGAAUGGUGGUUGACUGGGAACAAGAAACCGGGCUCCUGAUGACAUCGGGAGACGUGAGGAUAAUCCGCAUCUGGGACACAGAUCGGGAGAUGAAAGUCCAGGACAUCCCCACCGGCGCUGACAGCUGCGUCACCAGCCUGUCCUGCGACUCCCACCGCUCGUUGAUUGUGGCGGGGCUGGGCGACGGCUCCAUCCGCGUGUUCGACCGGAGGAUGGCCCUGAGCGAAUGCCGGGUGAUGACGUACCGGGAGCACACAGCCUGGGUGGUGAAAGCCUACCUGCAGAAACACCCCGAGGGCAACAUCAUGAGCGUCAGUGUCAACGGAGACGUGCGGUUCUUCGACCCCCGGAUGCCCGAGCCCGUGAAGGUCCUGCAGAUAGUCAAAGGACUGACGGCCCUUGACAUUCACCCACAAGCCAACCUCUUCGCUUGUGGCUCGAUGAAUCAGUUCACUGCCAUCUACAAUGGGAACGGGGAGCUGAUCAACAAUAUCAAAUACUAUGAUGGUUUUAUGGGACAAAGAGUUGGAGCCAUCAGCUGCCUGGCUUUCCAUCCUCACUGGCCUCACCUGGCCGUGGGCAGCAACGACUACUACAUCUCGGUGUACUCGGUGGAGAAGCGGGUCAGAUAGCGGCCGGAGCGGCGCCGGAGCGAGCCCAGCGGCAGGGCCGUGUCUCACCCACGUGUACAUAGUGAAAUUAUCGACUUGAAUGUUUAGCGUUGGCUGCUGCUGCAAACCGUAACUUGAACAUUUUUUUCUGACUCAGCUACUGAUGAUGUUGACAAGGGGAAGAGAGACAAUCUCCUUUUUUCUUUUUUCUUUUUUUUUUUUUAAUUCCAGCUAUAUCCUCUAAAAGCUACAGAAAAGGAAUGUUUUAUUUUUGUUUCCAAUGGUUGGCUUCUCUGUUAGAAACACGGCUCCUGAGCGUGGAAGACCUGGAUGAGGCGAUCCCCUUGAAAAGGGUGUUCUGGUUUAGUCUUUGUUCCUUUGUUUUGCUGGAGCGUCGGUGGCUGUGGGACUGCAGUCAGGACUCACCUGCAGCUCCGAGCGCUCGGCCGGACACGGGACCCCCCGGCUGCCGCCCUGUGCCCGCGGCGAUGCCUGCGAGCUGUCCCGCCGCACAGCGUCCGUGCUCCUGGCAGGGAAGCGUCUCCUCCGCGUGAGCCUGGUCCCCCCGCAGCGUCCUCUCCAGCGGAACCGGGGCAGGAGGCGGCGCGGUGGCGAGGGAGCAGGAAUCCCGAGGAAAGGGCUUGAGGAGGCGAUGGGAGCAGGGCAGGAUGCCACCCGACCGCAAGGCUGCACGUGGAGGAAGAAGAGGGGGAAGGGACAUCUCUGACAUCCCAGCGCCUGGAGCAAGUCACCCACGUAACCACUGUCCCCCCAAGCACAUGCACGGUGAGGAGGUCGGGGGUGUCUCGGUCACUGUUGCUGCUGUGGUCACCGACCCUCUGCCCGCGGGGAGCUCACAGACACGCGGGCAGCGCAGGAGCUCGCGGUCGGCACGGGCUGUGGCGCUGCCGUGGGCUGACGCUCAGCACGGGCUGUGGCGCUGCCGUGGGCUGACGCUCAGCACGGGCUGUGGCGCUGCCGUGGGCUGACGCUCAGCAAGGUGACGGCCGGCAGGAUUUGCACACUGGCUGCGCUGUGUGUGCAGCUGCACACGGCGUGGCCGUGGCCGUGGCCGUGGCUCGUCCGUCCGUCCCUGCACACCUGGGCAUGGAACCACACGUGGUCUGAGCACAAGAGAAUCACUGAACAGGGGAAGGUGGCAGGUCCUCCUGCUUGGAGCAGAGCAGCUUUGUCCCAGCCCUCGGGGGAAAGCCUGCUUCGCCUUCCACCUCGAAUAAUUAAUGUUUCUGUCCCUGGAAAUCGUGAUGGCUCUGGGGGUGGGGACAGGGCAGGCAAAGCCACAGGACCCACAGGACACGUUUCCUUCACGUGGUGGCUGCGGUUUAACCGCUAAGAACAGAACUUGCACUCUGCAAAAAUCACUGCGGCGACAAAGCCUGAGCUGCUGAGUCCGGGGGUCGCCGGUUUUCCUCCCAGCUGGUGUUGGGGGGUCUGCAGGCGCCCAGCAAACCCUGCGGAGCGCGGCCGGCCCGGCACUGCGCCUGGGACACCGCGUUGUCCUGUUUCCUGGUGUGCUGAGGCAGCUGGGCCAUGCUGGGCGUGUGGAGGUGGCCCGGUGGCCAUCGCGGUUUGGCCCGGUGGCCGUCCCAGGCUGCAGGGACACCCAGUGCCAAGUGCCACCCGCCCGUCCGCACAGCAGUGCCGGUGAGCGAGCUGGGGCCGCGGCGGUGGAGCAGCUGCCAGCGCCGGGCGCCGUGUCCUCACCCUGAACACUGUCCCUGUCCCCCGCUGCCGGGAGGCCAAGGGCCGCUUCACUGGACGAUGAAUCAAAGGCUUUAAACUUAAGAAAAACUACCUAAAAAUCCACUUUUGAGCUGCCAAAAGUUGAAUGAUGGUGUAACAGAGCUGUGCCUCUUCCCGACUGCUCCCGGGCCGCGCGGGUGCCGGUGCCAGCGGGUCAUGUCCCCUCCGCCCGGCCGUGCGGAGCCGGGUUUGGCAUCUGUAUGUAACCGAUUAACAUACACAGCUUAAAAAUACACAACACAGACAAUAGAUUUUUAACUUCUAUCAGUGUAUUCAUUUAAAGAACAGGGAGUACCUGGCGCAGUGGGCGGGUGCGUGGGGCAGCUGCUGCCAGGAGGGGGUUUUUAACUAACCCGACCUGUUGAGCUUUCCUGUGAGCGUGUGCGGGCUGUAUUUCCACAGGUCUGGUGCAGAGAUUCAAUCAUGGAGUUUAACCCAGGAUCUGGAGAGCAUCCUACCUAAAAGUUCACUUAUCUCUAUUUAUUUUACAAAAAUAAAAUUUAAAAAAAUAUAUUAAAAAAUCCACAGGAUUGUAAUGUGAGAGUAAAACAAUUACAAACAAAUAAAUGGUUAAUAAAAAAUAAAUGCAGAAACA